UCGGAGCCGCAUGGGGACAAAGAUGCGUCGCCCACUAUUGAAGAAAGUGGACGCUUUACGCCUUCCCACCUGACCGCGGCUUCUCUGAGUCCCGUGUGAAUGAGCGACGGUGCUAAAGUGACUGACGUCUAGACAAGAGGACGUAAACAACAUGUUUUGCCAGACAAGACGCGACACGCCCCGUGUUUGUUUUACACGCUUUCCCCCCCAGACGACUAAUUUCUGUUUUUAAAAUGUGAUUUUACGCUAGGAAAACUUGCAUAUGCAUACGUUUUCCGUGCGUAAAACCUCCGGGAAUGCGUAAUUAUAACCGAAAAUGACAAUACACCCAACAGCCAGAUAACAGGCUCAUUUCCUUAUGUAUGAAUGACACCUCUAUAAAUGCUGUCUGGACGCAUUUAACGUUGGAUGUCUCACCGGAAUGUGUAGCUCCUUGAGCACGGUUGUUGGGACAGCUUGUCACCACGGCUUCACGUUUUCUUUGAUGUUUUUACAAUGUUUGUCCAGUUGCUUAGCGCAUGGUGUUGCUUCAUAAGAGUUUCAGACACUGGACGAUCGUGGGGGCGGUCAGAGGGGCUGCCCUUUCCACCUCCAUUCACUCUCUGAAAGACUGAUGUUGCGUCUUUCACUCUCAUUGUUCCGUUCCGUUCGCUUGUUUCGCUGUCCGGUGGAAAUCGACCUGAAUGAGAGUUUGUCCAAUUGUUGCAAGAGGUUUGUUUUGUUUCUCAAGGCAAAUAUUGCAUGCAACCCGAGUGCAUGUUUUACACGCUUUUCUGGGAUUUUUUUUUUUCAGCGGAUGGGGAGCCCGUGUUGAUUUUCGGGAUUGCUACAACUCUUUGUGCGCACACAGACAAACCUGACUUCCAUAAUGUUUACGCUCAAAACGGACGGCUACAUUUGAAAACCGACUUCAGAAUUUCAAGACUUAAAAGGAGGAAUGGAUUUACUCGCUGGGGGACUCAUGCAAAAGAGCAAUAAUGUUUAAAAUCUCUUUACAACUUUUGGAGCACAGAUGCAUACAGGAUCCACGUCUGGAUAUUAAUGGACCAAACACAAAUAAAAUAGGAUGGAUUCGUGCGUGUUUGUUGAUACUCCUGAUUUGCAAAUUACCCGAACUUUCUUUGUGUGCAAGUGUGGCAGGAUCCAAAGUUGAACACGAAGGAUUUUGUCCCAACAAGCUGAAUUCCAACCUCUGGGUUGAUGCGCAAAGCACCUGCGAGAGGGAAUGUAACGUUGACGAGGACUGUGCUGACUUUGAGAAAUGCUGCACCAACGUGUGUGGUCUCAACAGCUGUGUGGCUGCACGUUUCUCCGAUGGCACUCCUGGCCAGCCAGAUGGGGAAGGAAUAACUGAAGCCCCCAUUUCCACAGCUACCUGCGAGGGCUUCAUCUGCAGCCAGCAAGGGGCCACCUGUGGCAUCUGGCUGGGACAACCCAUCUGCAAGUGCCAGGACCGGUGUGAGAAAGAGCCGAACUUCACCUGCGCCUCAGAUGGCCUCACCUACUUCAACCGCUGCUACAUGGACGCAGAGGCCUGCAUCCGCGGGGUGACAAUAACCGUGGUCACCUGCCGCUUUUACCUGGCCGGGCCCCCCACCAGUCCACUACCUCAGGACACUACGGCCAACCCCACCCCUACAUCCUCCCAGGAAGACCCCAUGUUCCCAAUGCUGUACUCCAACCCACACCACCAAUCUGUCUACGUAGGAGGCACAGUGAGCUUCCAUUGUGAUGUGACUGGAUCCCCAAAACCUGAUGUAACAUGGGAGAAGCAGAGCGAACGGCGUGAGCAGCUGGUCAUGAGGCCCGACCAGAUGUACGGCAACGUGGUCAUCACCAACAUCGGUCAGCUCGUCAUCUACAACGCCCAGGUGUGGGAUACAGGUAUCUACACCUGCAUUGCGCGGAACUCUGCGGGGGUUCUUCGAGCAGACUACCCUUUGUCCGUGAUUCGCCGAGGACUUGACGACUUCUCUGAAGACCCUGAGAUGUCCAUGGGGCGGCCCUUCUCGCCAGCAGACUGCCUGGCUCCCGUAGACUUGAGAGUGUGCAGCAGCGAGCGGCACGUGGACUGGUUUUACGACGGCAAGCUGAGCACCUGCGUGGCCUUCAGCAACGGCGGAUGCGAUGAUAGCCACAACCGAUUCGAGACUUACGAGGAGUGCAAGGCCUCCUGUCAGAGAGAGGGGACGGGCAUCUGCUUCCUGCCUGCUGUCCAGGGCCCCUGCAAAUCCUGGGAGCCACGUUGGGCCUGGAGUUCUGUCCUGAAACAGUGCCAGGCCUUUGCCUACGGCGGCUGCCAUGGGAAUGCCAACAGCUUCAACAGCAAGAAGGAGUGCGAGGCCAACUGCCCACAGGCCGAAAAGAAACCUUGCAAGGCCUGUCGGGUGAAGGGGAGAAUGGUGCCCAGCUUGUGCCGGAGUGACUUUGCUAUUGUGGGGCGGCUGACAGAGCUGGUGGAGGAUCUGGACUCUGGCUUAGCUCGCUUUAGCUUGGAGGAGGUCCUGAGAGAUGAAAAGAUGGGAUUGCAUUUCUUCAAUACCAAGCACCUGGAGGUGACCAUCGCCAAGAUAGACUGGAGCUGUCCGUGUCCUAACAUCACCAUGGAGGAAAACCCUCUGCUGGUGAUGGGUGUGGUGCAGGACGGCAUUGCCAUCAUCCAAUCAGACAGCUACGUCAGAGUCAUCACUGAACGCAGACUCAAGAAGCUACGUGAUGUUCUGAAAAAAAAGACCUGUGUAUAGAAAUCCCAGGAGUCAGACUUGUCUGGGGUCACCUUCACCUUAAGCACUGAAACCAGGAUUCCAACAAGAAAAGCUGAUAUUUAAUUAUGGGUCUUGAAAUCAAAAGACACAAAAUGUGUUAAAAUACUGUAGGUUUAAGGAAUGUUUCCCCCUCAAAAUGACCAUCAGUUGCUCACACUGUGAUACCUUGAACGUUUUUGUUCACAGAGAAGGCUUGUGGGACGAACAUGUUUUAUUUUGUCGGGGAAGUAUUCCUUAAAUGAAGACAUGAAAUAUCUUAUAUAUAUUAAUUACAACAGAGGUUGUACUACAUUCCAGGUGUGUUGCAAGCCUAAUAAUACCAAUGUUCUUAUGUUUUUUUUAAAAAUAAGAUCAAAUAUAGAUGUUCUUUUUUAAAAUAAAUGUAUUCAUGUUUUUGAAAAAUAGAAUAGUAGGCAGAAGUAAAGCCACACUUGUAAAAAUGCUUAGCUAGACAUAUUACCUCAAUAUUAUGUUUUUCUAUGAAAUUGUAUACAUUUUAUUCUAUAUUAGCCUUUUUAUACCAGUCUUUUUUACAUAGGUGUUAUAUAUAGUUUUUCUUUUGUUAUGGAUGAUUUCAAAGCACUUCUGCUAACUUAGAAAUAGAAAGGAGUAGGUGGCUGUAUGGAGGUAAAAAAAGAAGUACAAAGACAUAUCAGUGAGCAUGUUUUACUCAAGUGUGCAAUACAGAAGAAUAUAAUAGAGUAGAUGGAGUAGUAUGUCAGGUCUGAGUAAACAAUUGCGUUGAUGUCAAUGUGUACCAGAAUAUGGGAAAACAAUUUAUUAAAAGUUCCGGAGAAUUUGGCAAUGUAUCUGAGCUUCAAGUGUAGGUUAAGGCGCUUGGACCGUUGUCCUCCACACACUGGACCUUAGGACACUUCACACCAAACUCUCUUUCCUGAACAGAAGACACUUGUUGUUGGCAGGCAUGUCCAUCUGGAAAGGAAAAGAUAACAAAAACGAGACUUUAGUAAACCAGUAAUCCCAUAACUGCACUGUUUGUUUAUGAUGUUUGAAUGAGCUUUUUACUCACAACUUUCUCCAGGAAUAAACCACUUUUCUCUGCUAUAGAACCGAGGAAGGAGAUAUCCCUGAGUCCCCACUCGGGGUUCCUGUCAAAUUAAAAGGCAUUCAGUCACCUUUGCAUUAUUACUGAUUUUUAAUACAGUCAAAAUAUUACACAUAACAAAUACAACUAAAUGAUGAAAUAACAAUUUGCCCUCAAUCAAAUUAGGAACACAAAUUCAAAAGAAAGAAAGGAAAUAUAAAAAAUAAAAAUAAACUAAAUUGUAUUCCUUCAGUAAAUCAAAUGAUUAGGUAGAUAGUGGCAAUACAUUUUCAAACUGAAAUAUAUAAGUCAGGUAAAUACAUUUGUAUUAAAAUGUACAGUUCCCACUA